AUGGGUGUACACUUUAAGGUGCUUGGUCUUUUCUUUUUUCUUGUUCCUGCGGGCUCUGUGCUGGCAGGCAAGUGCCGCGUGGAUACAGACUGCCAGAUUUCCAAAAUAACUGGCUCUCACAGUCUUUUCUGUGUGGAUGGGCAGUGUGUCCAGCUGAAGCCCCCUGGCAGUGCGUGCAAUGCUGCCAGCGAGUGCGCGUCGUAUCCCUUCUUUGGGCCCCUGGCCUGCAGCAGCCAGUGCGACAAAGGCCUCUGCUGCCAGUUCAUUCCCACUGGCUCUGCGUGCAGUGUCAAUCGGCCAAUUGCCCUGAGCGGGUGCACUUCCGGGUUUACGUGCUCCAACAAGGAGAUAGGCCCUGUGUGCGUACCCACCAUCAGCAGACUGUGGGUGUUUGGUCCUGUGCUCUCAAUCACUGGAAACCUUUUCAUUAAUGUUGGUUUGAACCUUCAGAAGAAGUCGUACACUGUGGAAAGAGAGUCUAUUAUGGGGCUUUCUGUGAAUUUGUUUGGAAUGGGGGUCUUCCUCUAUGUGGUGGGGAAGAUAUCUGGGUUUAGCUCGUACGUUUUUGGAAACCAGUCACUCAUGACAUCCCUUGGGGCAGUUGGCCUUAUUGCAAACAGCAUAUUUGCCCCGAUGAUUAACAAAGAGGUCUUCACGGUAUACGACUUUUUGUGCAUUGUGUUUGUGCUUAUUGGCUCUUCGUUUGUUCUCUCAAACUCUGGCUCUGGGAAGAAGGAGUACAGUCUGUUUUCCCUUCUGAAGAACUACUUCACUCUCACCACGUUUCUCUGGUUUUCAUUCCUAGUGAGCAUGAUUUCUGCCCUAAUUAUCUUCUGCAUAGUGGUGGAGGAAAACAGUGACUGGAAGAUAGGCACGCACGCCCCCUGGGUGGCUCUUGACCGAAAGAUCAGCAAAAACAGCUACCUCCUAAAAUACGGCAUGCUCUUUGCAUACAUUGGUGUGUCUGCCUGCAUUGCGUCUUUCACUACGCUCUUUGCCAAGAGCUUUGGUGUUCUGAUCAGCAUAACCAUGGGCGGGAACAACCAGUUCUUUGGGCCUGGGCCGUAUCUUUUUGGGUCUUUGGUGUUUCUGUGCACGGUUGGGCAGAUAUACUGGCUAAACAGAGCCCUCAAGCGGUAUGAUGCGCUGCUUGUCAUUCCGGUGUUCCACAUUAUGUGGACUCUUUUAAGCGUUACAACUGCAGGGAUUUAUUUCAAAGACUUCUCUAUGUUUACUUCUUCACAGUUUAAAAACUUCCUUGCAGGCCUUGUGACCAUAUUUAUAGGGUCUGGGUUCCUGACCUUCCGAAUGAUCGGCAAAGACGCUCCAUCUACUGAGAGCGAAAGCCUAAACGUGGAGACAAAGCAGAAAUAG